AUGGGAAACAAGUCGUCAUUGGCUAAACGUGAAGGAGAACAUGAUUUGGAUUUUUGUGAAAAAUUGCAAGUAAAGAAACAAGAUUCACUAUCAAAUGUUGAUGAAGAUGAUGAGGAUGAAGAAAAGAAAAUUGAAAAAUUGGAUCCGAUCUUGUCAUCGUUAAAUUAUGAUGUCAUUUCUGAAGUUAUUAGCUUUUUGGAUGUAAAAAAUCAACUUUUGGUGUGUUCUAGCUCGAAAGCAUUGUUUAAUGAAUUUAUUGGAACGGAUUCGUAUAACAAGUAUUUCUAUUCAUGUGCUACGAAACAUGCAAUACCAUCAAUUAAUGACAUGUCACUGCUAGAUCACUUAUUUAAAACAGCUAAGAGGGAAUUUAAAUCGUCACUCAAUGAGGAGGAAAUAAUUGUUAAAUUUAAUAGAAUAUGGAGGAAACUGUUGAAUAUUUUGAUUGAAACUCAAUCAUUUAAAUUUAAUUCAUCACUUCCCAACAUUGCAUGCGAGGAGGAUAGCCAUUUAUUAAGCUACCAAGGACAAUCAUUUGGAAAUUUCACCUUCUCAAUGGAAGCUCCAUCAAACCUUAGCGAAUUGUACGAUAGUUCACAAAGUUUCUCUUCAGAAGAGCACCAGUUCCUUUUUAAUUUUGAAAUUGUAACAAAAGAUCAAACCAGAAAUAUUUCUAUUGGAAUGGGUGACAAGGAAGUGAAGGAUUUGAAUUGUUCAUCUCGAUUUCUUGGAUUUCCAGACAAUUCUCUAUCCUAUUCAAGUGAUGGCUCAAUAAGAUUUAAAAUAGUCGAGUCACUUAGGUAUGAAAUAUCGCUGCUUCCCUAUAAACCAGGUGAUCUAAUUUCCAUGCAUGUCAAAUCAAAACCCUACACAAAAGGCAAAGAGGUCUUUUACUCUUAUCAAGUGAAUUUCUUCUGUAAUGGACAUUUUCUUCCUUACCUUGAAGGAGAGGAACAAAAACCAUGCCCUCAAUUUGAUUGUCUGUGUCCUUUGUAUCCUUCCUUUACAUUGCAUUCACCUGGUGAUUCUGUGAGGAUGCUCUUCUCUAGGUCUUCACAUAACAAUCCUGCUGUUCAUCACAAAAAGGCAUUGGAACGUAUUUUUGCCUUCAUGUUGGAAUAUAAUUUGUUAAGUUAA